AUGACAGACUAGAUGAAUUGCAAGAGAUUGGUUUUUAAUGUAACUGAACAAGCGCCACAAGAACUCUGCUACUUUUUACCAAAUCCAGGCUGGGGAGAAAGAUCUGAAGUUUAAUCAUGCAGCAGUGGGAGUCCUUCUGCAGUCAGAGGUUCAAAUACCAACAGUGAGGUUUCAUUUUCAAAGAUGCCUUGGCAGUGAUCAUGCCUCAUCUCCUAAUAAUAAUCAGGGACUGCAGAUGGCUUAAAUCUAGAUGCAAGGCACUUCCGGAACUUACCGAGUGGAACACUUCUCUGCAGCCGGUCCAGGAAUGCUUUAUGUAUAAUGACAUUGAUUUGGGGGGGUUGGAGGGGGAUCCAAUGCAAAUACGUAACAUUCACAUGUAGGAAACCUUUCCCCUUAAUCAUGCAUCUAUCUCUGACAUAGGGAAAAGUGCGACUAGAAAGAGAGAAACGCUCUAUUCUAGUCUUUUCUGGAGACUGGCUAAAAAGAGCUACUGGAGAUUGGCACUGUGCGGUGCGACGCGCUGAAUCCAGCUGUUGGCGCUGUCCGUGGUACUGAAGAAAUCCCGGCUGCCGGUAGAUUGAGCUCCAAAGCGGCAGUCUGUGCAAACUGCUUUCUGUGAUGCAGAAAUCAAGCUAAAGUUACUCCUUUGCUUCACGUCCACUGUAAGCAUUUUCUGUAAGAGGCGAUCGAAGCCGCAUAUUGUGAUGGUGCGGAGAGUAUUUCAGGCGGAGCUGGCUUUAAGCUAUAGCAUACUGUUGCUUUUUGUGGUAUUGAAAUCCUAACCAAACCACCUUUCUCUACAGCCGUUACAAGCACUGUGCAAAGGAUCUGGUGUUUGGAAGAAAUGUAAUCAAUUGGGAGAUUUCAUAGAAGGAGCUGAAAAAAUCCUAAAAAUAAGUUCAACAUGAUUCUACUUACGAGAGUCUGGAUUUCGACGAGACAGCAUUGCUGCUUGCUUUGAAUUCUGAACACUGAUCCAAAGCUUAAUUCUUAUGUGUGUCUGCUGUGUUUCUCUCUGGAAGGGCGGGAGACUGCCUCUUUACUGUGUUUUGAAAUGGGAGGCAGAGAAAAGGGAUUGCCUAUAACUCAUCCCUGAAAAAAAUGUAUUCUUCGUGUAAUUAAAGAGGAACUGCUUUACUAAAACACAUCUAACCUUGUAGUUCAUAUUGGCCUGUGACCCUACCACCACCAUUAACCUCCCUACUGAUUAGCCUACCCCUCCGGUAUUCCCAUGGAAGCAGCUGGGUAUAUUUAAUAUUAGGACCAUAUGCAGAAGUCUUUGAGGAGGGGGAUGGCUCUUCCUAUUCAUGAAGCCUGCAUACUUCUGUUGGUAAUCUCUGGUUUGGUCACCCCAGCUGCCAUCAAUCAUGAAGACUAUCCUGCUGAUGAAGGUGACCAGGCCUCGAGUAAUGACAAUCUGAUCUUUGAUGACUAUCGAGGGAAAGGGUGUGUGGAUGACAGCGGCUUUGUAUACAAAUUGGGAGAACGUUUUUUCCCAGGGCAUUCCAACUGUCCAUGUGUCUGUGCUCUGGAUGGACCUGUUUGUGACCAACCAGAAUGCCCUAAAAUUCACCCAAAAUGUACUAAAGUGGAACACAAUGGAUGCUGUCCUGAGUGCAAAGAAGUGAAAAACUUUUGUGAAUAUCAUGGGAAAAGUUACAAAAUCUUGGAGGAAUUUAAGCCCUCUCCAUGUGAAUGGUGUCGCUGUGAGCCCAGCAACGAAGUGCACUGUGUUGUAGCAGACUGCGCAGUUCCUGAAUGUGUCAACCCAGUCUAUGAACCAGAACAAUGUUGUCCUGUCUGCAAAAAUGGUCCAAACUGCUUUGCAGGAACCACAAUAAUUCCGGCUGGCAUUGAAGUAAAAGUGGAUGAAUGUAACAUCUGUCACUGUCACAACGGGGACUGGUGGAAGCCAGCUCAGUGUUCAAAACGUGAAUGCCAAGGCAAGCUGACUGUUUAAAGCAGAAUCCCAACCAAUGACAAGUCCAUAAAAUGAAAAAAAAAUGUUAUGGCUUCUACACUGCACAUGUUUAAAACAAAACAAAACAAAAACUCCUGCCAACUACAAACGGGUCACCAGCAAAACCUUUUAGGGUUGACAAAAGUGAAUAUUUUACUAAGAGGAAAUCUCUCUCUCUCUCUCUCUCUCUCUCUCUCUCUCUCUCUCUCUCUCUCUCUCUCUCUCUCUCUCUCUCUCUGUCUGUCUCUCUUGCUAUUCCGAAUAUAUACAGUAUAUCGCUAUGUAACCCGCUUUCAUAAGUCUCAAUGCUUGAUGGUGACACAAGGACGGGAUUUUUGACUCAGAAAGGAAGUUCCAUCCCUUCACAGACGCCUUUGCUGGUGAUGCCUCUGACCUGCCAAUUUACCUUCAGAUGUUUAACUCCUUUUUACUCUUCUGUACAUCAAACUUGGCAUUUUCCUAUUGUGGGUUCCCUCCCUUUUUAGAAUCCAGGGGACCAGAUUCUAUAGAAUGAAAAAAAAAAGUUUUCAGCUGAGCCAAAAUGCUGAGCUAAAGGAAUGCCUAAAUAGUGAGCAUAUUUACUAACUAGGAGCACACCAAGACUCAGAUUAAUCAAACCACCCAAGUCAAUCAUGUUCAUGUCCUGUGAUAGAAAAAGAGAAACAGACCCAGAGAGGAAGCGCUGAGGAGCAGGGUAGGGACUGAGUGCUUUGCCCACCUGGUGGUGCCUCACACACUGAGGUUUCAAGAGUAAGACCUUGAAACCGCCAACCCAAACCUAAGGUGGGAAAGAAAAUCUAGACCCAAAAACAGCCAUGGCAAAGAAACAGGGUUCCACUGGAAAGGUUCUUUUAAAAAUACUGCAUUAGCCACCAGACUUCAUCAUACUGCUGUACUGAGUUUGGACUGUCCCAAACACUCUCAAGUAAACAUAACACUGUCAUCUGGCAAUAGAACUCUGAGAGCCAAGUUGAACAGCCCCACUGUGAAUCGGAAUUGUUCUGAACAGCCUUGGCUCUGGAGGCCAGACUUGGUUGAAAGCCAGGAGGUCAUCGAGAUUUCCUGGAUUGAGCCUGUAUUUGUCAUGUUACAGUUAACAUCCUCUCAGCCCUAUGUCGAAAAAGACAAGAUUCAGGACACUCUUUCCACCUCAAGUGCUGAUUUAAAUUAGUGAUUAGGGUAGAGAUUAGGGUGAGACUUGCACAAUAAAUUUUAUCAGUUGACCAUUUAAAGACAUGUGUGUAUGUGUGCAUAUACAUGGGUACAAAUGUACGCAUGUUAUAACAUACGUGCAUGUAUAGACAUAUAUAUAUAUUUAAUAAAACAGUGAACCUUUGCAAGGUCUCAAGCUUGCCCUGGCAAUGCUGCUAGUACAGUAACAGAAAAAAUACACAGGGUAUCCUAAGACCAUCUUGAUUCAAGUGUAGAAUAGAAACUCCGAAGCCAGGCAACAUGACGUUGCUAAUUUCACUCUCUGGUCCUGAGGACACUGAAGCAAACACCAUUUGAUCCUUUGGGAAAUUCUAAGAUUGCCUCCAGUUUAGGUUUUCUUUCUUUCCUCCUCCUGUUCUCAUGGUAAUCUGGACCGUGCAAAGAGAGAGCCCAAAUCUGGAAUUCAACCAGAAUUCCAGCAGCUGGGCUGCUGCCUGGAAAGAAAAAGGGUCUCCCACCAAAGCUUCAGUCCUGUGCAUGCUGCCUCUGUCUCACUCCUUAGACCUUUGGGAACCUGAAUCAUCCCUCAGAUGUCCCGGAGGGUAGAUUUCCCCCGUGGGUAGCCCUCAUAUUGCCACUGAUCCAACCUCAGGAUACAUAUUUCUGCCAUCCCCGUGUGCCCAUUUUUCACUUUAAAUUGCCAAGCUUUCCUCCCUGAAAAACACCUAAUGCCCUCAAGAGAAGAGUUGUCAUGCCUAAAAUGAAUGCAUCAGGGAGCUAACCCCAACAUUCUUUUCAUGGUAUAGCUUCGGUUGCACUGAAGCAGGCCAAUGCCGCCUUCCUUUACGAUGCCAAUUUGCAGGGAAGCUAGUGCCUUUCGGUUGCCACCAUGGAUAUAUCAUAUAGACAGUCAUGAAUCAUUCAUGAACAAUUCGGCAUGAUUUAUCCCUCCACUCAAAAGUGAAGGCAUUCCACAAUGUCAGCUCACAGAUAGACAGAGAUGUACGAUACUGUUUCCUUUGCGUGGAGGUUGUCUGCUGCCAGCUUCAAAAAUCUACAUUCUUUGAAAUAAAAUAAUAAUAAUAAUAAUAAAUGACAGGAAAAGGGUUUGAAACACAAAGAAUAUCAUGAAGAGAGCCAUGUAGCUUAGUGCCCUGUCUAUUAUUAAGGAGCUGUGAUGUCCUUUAUGGGGAAUAGAAAAGGGAAGAUGCAAUUGGGAAGCUGAGAUAGAGUCAUUUUGCAUCAAAGGAUAGGCACAGUGAGAGUCACAGCAAGAAUUUACUAUAGUGGAGUAUAACAUCAGUCAAGAAGCUCUUCAGGGAGCUGAAAGAGGACUGCCUUCAAGUUGAUUAGCUGCCAGAGAGUCGCCCUGACCCCAUCCCAUCUCAGGGGUUUCUGCUGUUUCCCUUAAGACUUUGUAGAGCUGACAUGGGGUUGGUUUUUGGGGGUACCCCUUUCCCACCCAACCCCACUCCCAACCUUUAGGGAGAUGUGAGCCUCUACUGUACAAAAUUUCUCAGAAACCCAUUACAUUUUAUAGUUUUCUUCUCAACAGGCCAUUGAGAUCUUCUUGCCAAACCCUGAACAAUAAGACUGUUUAUAGUUGUGUUAGUCAUUUUUGUUUUAAGGCUUUGUUUGUGGACCACCAUUCCUCUCCCUCCCUGCCCAACCCUUGCUCCUUUUUUCUCCCUCCUCUUUUGGUUUCUAGGCUUUCAGUCUAACCAUGUGGAAGUUUGGGAUCAACAGCCUGCUUGUCAGCUGAUGUUGGUUAAUAAGGACCCAAUUUCUAAAAUUUUUGAACAAUAGUGUGCCUGAAAACUAGUGAAGAAAAAUAAAAAACAAAACAAAACCUAAACACUAAGCUGUAAAAAGGGGAUUCUAGCAACAAUAUUUGAUGUGUAAAAGAAUAUAUUAUUAAAAAAUUAUUUUGUUAAAUAUAAAGUGUGUUAACCAGCAAACAUUGUUUGUAGUAUACUUUACUUCCCAAGAUUUCUCAUUUCCCCUCUGCCCCAUUAUAGUUAGUUAUUCAACACCAAACAUUGAAUGGUUUCCAUCUCUGGAGAGUGCGUGUCGCACUGAGGCAAGAAUCAUUUAGAACUUGUUAUCCUUUCAGGGUGCUUUUUAAAAAAAAUGGCAUGUCUGCUUUUCUUUCUCUUUUUAAUAAACUAGGCUUGCACUAUGACUCAUGAAUACUAAAGCAGUCCCUAGCAAAGCUCUAGGAGAAAAUUAUACCUUAGUACGCCAAUGAAACUUCUUUCUCACAAACAUAGGUAUUCCCUCCAAUGAAGCACCCAACUAUGCUUGCGUACCCAGUAUGACUCUUGUCCUUAUCCUCUCAAUAACUACCCCACAGGCAGUCUACCCAAUGUGCUGGGGCCUUGCUGAAUCAUAGAUGAAAGAAACUAAAGAGGGCUUUCUUCAUAAGGUCUCUCUUGUGUAGAGGUCAUCUAGAGAUGGGAUUUAGAACUGGGAGGGUCCUCAGAGAUGCUUUGGUUCAGCUCUCUCAUUUGACCGAUGAGGAACGACUGAAAAUUCAGUGAGGUUAUUAAGUGAUUUUGUCCAAGGUUACUUGGCUUGUAAAGGGGCAACAAAACCUGGUCUCUGUCCAUGUGCUUAUGCAAUAUCGGUGAGGGGAAUGCAUGCCAUGCAUUCCUGCACAUGCACACACACACACACAUCCAACCAUGCACUCCUGCACAAUGUCACUUCCCAGAGAUGUCAUACCCAGGGAUCACUCCCAGAUGCAUAGCCUUGCUUGGCCAGAGAAGGCCAGAGAAGGUAAUAUUUACACUCCUUACUAUUUUUGGUUCUUCAACUGUUGACAUUUUACCCCAUUUCAGAGACAGAUUUUUUUUUAUUCCAGUGAUUAUUGAAGAAGACUGGUGCCUGCAAAUAGAUGCUGAGUAUUGUAGGAACUAGACCCGAAGUUUUUUUCAGCAUGAUAGAACCAGUCAGACAGCCCUUGAAUUUCCCUGGCAUCAUCUUCAAGAACCCAGUCACUUCUAUGCCUAGUUGAGGCAUUGGAGUAGGAUUUUGCAGGUGAAAUAAACCUGGAAGUUUUUCAAUGCAAAAA